AUGCCACAGCCAGCAGCAGCCCCUACCUGUCCCGUUACGGACCGAGUUUACUCCCCACAGAGCUUUACUGUCUACCAGAGGCGGAGCACCUGCUACGGGCUCAGCGAGCUCCCCGGGACGCCCCACUUCCUAGAGCGAUACAUCUACACGCAGAUCUUCGCGCAAUUGGACAGCGCGGCGGGGGUGUUCGCGGCCGUGUCCGAGCUGGGCCGAGUAACUGCCAGGAACUGGAACGUCCAGAGGGAGUUCCUGGCACUGAGACAGAGCGCCGUGGACACAGUGUGCAAGCACAUCUUCGACCUGGACCAGGGUUUCACGCUGCAGCGCAGAGUCCAGCCUAAAGUGAACGUCUCCCCCUCCAAGAAGGGACGCCUGCAGCAUCACAACCUGCUUGUCUGCCACGUGUCAGAUUUCUAUAUAGGCCACAUUUAAGUCCGCUCGUUCUUGAAUGGACAGGAGGAAACAGCGGGGGUUUUAUCCACCAAUUUGAUCCACAAUGGAGACUGGACCUUCCAGAUCCUGGUGAUGUUGGGAAUGACCCCUCAGCAGGGAGACAUCUACACCUGCCAAGUAGAGCACCCCAGCCUGGAUGGUCCUGUCACUGUGGAAUGGAGUGAGGGUACCUCUGAUUCUGCCCGGAGCAAGAUGCUGGCUGGAGUCAGAGACUUUGUGCUAGGGCUCAUUGCCCUCUUGGUGAGCUUCAUUCUCCGUUUUAGAAGCCAGCGAGAUUGGAAUAUAGACAUGAAAGCUGGAACUCAAGCAGUCAGUCAUACUGGACCUGAGCAGGAAGAGCCAUGUUGA